AUCAAGCUCUCGGCACAGGUUGCAGGCAGCUAGUGAACUACCAUGAGAGGUGGGUCGAAGUUGGAACUAGUGAAUGACAAUCUAGGACUGAUGAAAUCAGGUCUUCAGAGUGUCUGCGAUAACGAGGGGUACAAAGGCUUUCGUAUAAAAGGCAUGCGGUCGGUACGUUCUCACCAAUGGUAAAGCUUUGCUGACUGAAGCGCGAACACAACACAGAACAUCGAGAUGGCUUGGCUGAAGCUAGCAAUCGGCGUUGUGCUUUUUGGACUUGCUACGGCGACUCCUACACUGAACCAGCAGCGGGAACGGGUUGAUAGCUUUCGGAUGAUAGGCGCAUUUCCUAAAGUCGUCGCCAUCUCCACGUCUACAAAUGAUUCUUCCUUCAAGUGUCUGAGUGCCAUACGUACAAACUAUGACGGGGAAGCCAAGACAGCUACGUAUGUAUGGCCACUAAGAGGACACGGAGGUACCGAAAGGAGGAAUGUCACAUUCACGAUUACGCCCGGAGACGUUUCAGAUGAGACGAAAUACUUUGUUGAUGAUGACAACAGUCGGGUCUACACAGGCUACCACCACUACACCGACUACCAGAACUGCAUGGUUAUGACAGUCAAAUACCGGGAACACGAUCACUGCUUGCUAUGGGUCAAGAGGUCUGUAGCUCAUGCGGUUCCUCAGAACUGCCUGGACAACUACGAAGCGAAGUGUGACGUCAGAGUACCCAUCUUCGACAAUGAUCUGUGUCACGAUGACGAAUGAAAGGAAAGUUAAAGGAAAACUGCUACCCAAAA